UGAGGGAAGGGACGAAAGGGGCGGCGGCACCGCCGAUCUGCGCUCCCCGGGGCCGCGGGGGGUGGCGGGGAGGCGGCAGCGCUGCGCCGGCGGCACCGCUGCCGGGGCACCGGGCUUGGCCCCGGCGCUUGGCCCGUUGCGAGCGGCAGACAAAGAGGUGCCGUGGCAGCGCCUUCCCCGCCGGCUAACGGGCACACCCCGCCGGGACCGUGCCGGUGUCCUCGGGCCCGUCUCGUGGCAGGGUGACAUCCCUCCCGGAGCGUGGGUGAUGUGGAUCGGGGGAAGGCCGGGCUGGCCCCUCAGGACCGUGUAUCCUCCCGCGACGUGCCCGGGACGAGCGGCACUGCUGCCCCUUCUCCAUCCCGCUGACAGAUCCCCGCCACCCCGCGGGGCGCUGCUCUGCCCGCUCCCGGAGCUGGCAGCGUCCCUGUGCCGCUGCGGGUCACACCGGGCCAUUGGCACAGAUAUUCCGGGAUUCUGCUGUUGCCUGCGGGGAGCGGAAGCCCAGCAGCAGAAAGGCCUGCAUUGAUCUGUCAGAGCUUGCCUGCCAGCCCGUGCCCACCCUGGCCAAGUCCGGAUUAUUGAAACGUGCAAACGUUUCCUUUAUUUCUGCUCAGAACUCGACAUAACCAUAUAGGAAGAGACUGGAGUGAAGUGCUGGUAACGGAGAGUGUUCAGAACAGGUGUUGUAAAAAACAGAGAUGAGAGCUCAUUGUAGCCACAAUGGCAACGUCAUCUGAAGAAGUGUUGCUGAUAGUGAAGAAGGUGCGUCAGAAGAAGCAGGAUGGGGCCCUGUACCUGAUGGCUGAGCGCAUUGCCUGGGCACCCGAGGGCAAGGACCGCUUCACCGUCAGCCACAUGUAUGCAGACAUCAAAUGCCAGAAAAUCAGUCCAGAAGGUAAAGCUAAAAUUCAGCUGCAGCUGGUAUUGCAUGCAGGGGACACAACCAACUUCCACUUCUCCAAUGAAAGCACAGCAGUGAAGGAGCGGGAUGCGGUCAAGGAUCUUCUUCAGCAGCUCUUGCCCAAGUUCAAAAGGAAAGCUAAUAAAGAACUUGAGGAGAAGAACAGAAUGCUGCAAGAAGAUCCUGUUUUGUUUCAGCUCUAUAAAGACCUUGUUGUGAGCCAAGUAAUCAGUGCUGAAGAAUUCUGGGCCAACCGUUUAAGCCUGAAUGCAGGGGAUAAUUCUGCAGCACCUAAUAAGCAGGAUGUGGGCAUCUCUGCAGCAUUCCUGGCUGAUGUACGGCCUCAGACAGACGGCUGCAACGGGCUGAGGUACAACUUGACUUCAGAUAUUAUUGAAUCCAUAUUUCGGACAUACCCUGCAGUAAAAAUGAAAUAUGCAGAGAAUGUUCCACAUAACAUGACUGAGAGGGAAUUCUGGACACGAUUUUUUCAGUCUCAUUAUUUUCAUCGGGACAGGCUCAAUACAGGCUCAAAAGACCUCUUUGCAGAAUGUGCCAAACUGGAUGAGAAAGGGUUAAAAGCAAUGGUGUCUCAAGGAGUGAAAAACCCUCUGAUAGAUUUAACAGCUUUGGAAGAUAAAACAUUAGAUGAAGGCUAUGGUGUUGCUUCUGUGGCCUCUACAUCAAAUGCCUCAAAGUCUGCUAGAGAAAGCAGCAAUGCUGCCAUCAUAAAACGCUUUAAUCAUCAUAGUGCCAUGGUCCUUGCAGCUGGCCUCAGGAAACAAGAAGCACAAAAUGACCAUUACAGUGAGACCAGCAGUACGGAUGGAAACUCCAGGGAUUCAGAUUUCUUUCAGCCACCACUGAAAAAGGUAAAACUGCAGGAGGCCAUUGAAUACGAAGAUUUAUCAAAGAAUAAUAGCGUUAAAACUAUUGCACUAAACUUAAAGAAGUCUGAUAGGUAUUACCAUGGUCCAACUCCAAUUCAAUCACAGCAAUAUGCAACCAGUCAGGAUAUAAUUAAUUCAUUUCAGAGUAUUAGACAAGAAAUGGAAGCAUAUGUACCCAAACUAACUCAGGUUCUUUCAAGUGGUGAUGCUGCCAGCACUAUUGCAGUCCUGUCACCUGGAGGAGCACUUAUGCAGGGUGGAACACAGCAAGCCAUAAACCAGAUGGUGCCAAAUGACAUUCAGUCUGAACUAAAACACUUGUAUGUGGCAGUAGGGGAGCUGCUACGACACUUCUGGUCCUGCUUUCCUGUUAACACGCCAUUCCUAGAAGAAAAGGUUGUGAAAAUGAGGAGCAACUUGGAAAGAUUUCAGGUUACAAAGCUCUGCCCAUUCCAAGAAAAGAUUCGGCGACAAUAUUUAAGCACAAAUUUGGUAAGUCAUAUAGAAGAGAUGCUGCAGACAGCCUACAAUAAGUUCCACACGUGGCAGUCCCGGCGCAUGCUGAAGAAGACGUGAGGGCACAUCCUGUACAGGUCUGAGAGCAAAGCCUGCAAUAGGGUAGGACUACAGCCUAGGUAUGUGCAGAUCUUAGAGUUGUUGCAGGAAGACCUGCAAGCUGUGGACUUCUGGAAACGAUGCUAACUGAACUUGCACAUUUUUGAAAAAGAACUGAGAUUAAACUUGAAAACUGGGGAGAAAAACAAGGAAGAACCAAAACGGAAGAGCUGAGGCGCAAAUAUAUUUAAGAGACACUGUUUACUGCAGUUACUCAGGAACUGCUUUUGAUUUGCAUAAAAAGCUGCUUUCAGAAAUAAAAAAUUUAAAGAGGGUGUAUUAAUUAAAUUUGUUUUUCUGUCUAAUUUUUUUUUAAGAAGUGUAUGGCACAGGGUAGAUCUCAAAAGUUUUUCUUCACUGGAUUCUGACAUUUUCUUGAAUUCUGUUUGUACUUCCUGCAACAGUUUAACAAUGAUGUUUUAAAACAUAGCUGAGACUGUUUUUGCUUCAAACGUCUGGGAGAGUGUAGCUGUCAGAAGACAAGUUCCUGCCAUAUGUUUCCCCACCAAUUGGAAGCGAGAGACAUUGCACUGAAAGCUGUUCAUGGUCUGGGGUCCCUAAAGGUACACAGGGGCAAGCUUUUGCCUGAAGUCUUCGAUUUUUAUGCAAAAAUUUUCCAGCCAUCAGUUUUGCAUGUUUCCUUUUGAGUGCAAGUGUGUGCUACUGCAAUAUUUUUUUUUUUUAUGGUGGCAUUUGUUCUGAGGAGAGAAUGCAUUUUUAAAAAUGAAGUUAAAUAAAGUUUCUUACAAAAGAAGUCAUUUAUUUUCAAUUCUUAGGCAUUUUUUAUUUCUUCUCCUAAAUCUGUUUUCCUUCACCCUUCCCUUUUGACUAUUAUACUGUUUUUGGCGAAUUGAUAAUCAUUGCAAAGAGGAAAGUAUGUUAUUUACACGGUGUCCAUAGGUAUUGGGAAUCUGUGCCAUACUUUGUUCUAAAUAGAAUCAGUUCACAGUUUCAGACCAACUUGUCUUGUAUUAUAUGUGACUUAAAUGCAAAGUUACCCCCUUUUCUAGAAUAUAUGCAGUUUAAUGACAACCUUGUAUUUUUUUGUCACUUUGACUGGACAACAGCCCUGUAUGGGCUACUGAACUUUUUCUUACUUCAGAUUAAAUGUGACUGUUAAAGAUGUAUCUACUACAAAGACAGAUCAGACUGACAAUAUGUAUUCAAAGCAAGCACAGCAGUGUUCAGUACAGCAGAAGAAAUUCCCCAAACCUGCAUGAUGGCUUAAUACUACAUUUUGGUAUGAUGCUAAGACAUGGUAGUAUGAUGUUGGGUGGAUAAUUUUUGAGAAUUCCUACAGCAGGAAAGAUGUAUUGGUGUAGCCAAGUGGGUGCUUGUUCUGUGCUGCUGCUCUGUUUAUGCAAGAGGGGUUUUUUCUUUAACUGGUGCAUGGAAGUCAGCAGCUUCUUUUGACCCUUUUCUUUCAGAUUUCUGUAUUAUGCUAUAAUAUUUUGGUAAAAGCUGAGUUUUAGUUAAGCAUCCCUGUCUGCACCAAAGCCCUGUUCAGAACUGUGUGCAGAUUGUUCAGCCUCGUUCCCUGUGUGCUGCUGCAGAUCUGUGCAUGAUCCCUGCUCUGCACCGUCCGCGUGGUUCUGCUGCAAGAAAUGACUGGGCUCAGCCAGAGAUGCUCGCUGGUCUUGACAGGGUGAAAGCAUCACUGGGAAUAAACAGAUGUACUACAGCAUUUGGGGGAUGAGGUGCACAUCUUGUCAAGAGUUACCUCUUUUGAGAACUAAACUUUCUCUAAAAUUUAGGCUUAGGGUGUGGCUUCAUGAAGCCAAAUUCCCUUCUAAGUGCAGGCAGCUCCCAGAAAAAAAAGGGUAGUUUUGUUCUCCCCCAAUCCAAAGCAUUUGGUCUAGCAAUUCUGAGGCCAAAUUCCAACUGUUCCUUGAAAGCUAGCACACCUUUCCUCAUAUCAGAGGGCUAGGGUCAAGAAAACAGGUCUGAUUGACAUUCUAACUGUGCCUGAAGCUAUGAACAACACAUUUAAAUAUGAGACUGCGCUGAGACUUCAUUUAAAUCCUAGGAGGGUUUUGAAUAUGGAACUAAUUCACCUUUAAUUGGAAUGUAUUUAGUGUUCCUGGAAAGACUGGGCAAAGUGGUUAACAUGGUGAAAAACUGUCAGUGCAUCACAAGAACAUUUUCCAGCUCCAAGGACUGAUGUUUAUAACCAUUUUGGGGAUGGUAUUGCAAUAGCUUUAAGUUAUUAUAAUGAUAUCAGGCUGUCAAAAUGUACCUUAAUGACCAGAACUAGGGGGAGGAGGACUAUGAUACUAAAUUCAACAGUUUUGCCUAGAGACUGUACAGGCAAGGCUGCUAUGCACUUCAUAUUGCUUUUUCAGGUAUUGUGGCAAUAAGGCACAGGCCCCUCCUCAAGGAAAGGGAGGUAAACUAAAUAUUCUUUCUACAUUGUGUUCCCCUUUUCUGUAGCAUGGUCCAAAACACAGAUUCAUUCCUUAAAUUUUGAAACUGAAUCAUCAUGCAUUAUAUUACUAUUGGAAUCUUUAUACUGACUUGUAUUUUUAAUGAGAAUUCAUAAAACUUGUAUCAUUGGCAUUGAUCUAAGAUUUGUAGAAUAAACCCUACUGAAUUCUGAA